GUGACAUGUUGUUACGCACGUGUUGAGAUUAUUUUGAAACCAGUACGAUAGUCGAGUAAUUAUUAACGGGAUGAAGAAUUUACGUGUGUUAGAGCAUCGUUACUUGGACCUGCUAAGUGCUAAGGAUAAUCCUAGUUCUUCGUCACUAAUUUUAUCCGAAGCGGAUAGUCUUUGCUGCCUAUCUAAUGACAGCGGUAAUUUUUACGUCUAUAAGGAAGGCAAAGUUCAUUGCUUAACUUCACCAGGAUUAUCGUUUCACCUGGGCAACGAAAAUGCGGUGAAUUCAAAAAUUAUCGGAUUCGAAUAUUGUGAUAUCACAUGCAAAAUCUACAUUGCUUAUGCUUGUGGACAGUUGUAUACUCUCGAGCCCGACAUACCUGAUUCGAUAGCAGAGUUCGAAGCACAAUUCAGUGAGGGAUUGCAGGUGAUGACUUUCAGCCCAGAUCUCGAAAUCGUUACUCUAGUUACUGCUAAUGAAACUGUCAUACUGAUGACAUCGAGCUGCCACAUACUUACCGAGGUAAAUUUGAAUUCCAGAGAUUUUGGUGAAAAACAAUUCGUAACUGUCGGUUGGGGUAGAAAGGAAACUCAAUUUCAUGGCUCUGAAGGUAAAUCGGCGGCAAAAGCAAAGCCCUCGUCAAUCGAAAAGUCUGAAUCAGAUGACGGUCUACCUCGAAUCUCAUGGAGGGGUGAUGGCACUUUGUUUGCGGUCAGUUUCCUCUCAAAAGAAACAAAUAUACGUCAAUUUAAAGUGUUCGAUAGAAAAGGAGUUCUUCAAUUCACUAGCGAGCCAUGUACGGGCCUGGAACAAAAUUUGGCCUGGAAACCUUCUGGCAAUUUAAUAGCAACGACGCAGAGAUUUCCAAAUAAACACGUAGUUUCACUGUUUGAAAAAAAUGGAUUGAAGCACCGCGAAUUCACUUUGCCAUUUGAACCAAAGGAGAUUUUGGUUAAAGACUUACAAUGGUCUAGUGAUUCGGAUGUACUAGCAAUUUGGUGUAUCACCAUAAAUGAUGAUACUAAUUUCGUUCAGUUAUGGAGCGAGAAUAAUUACCACUGGUAUUUGAAGCAGACGAUAUUAUUUUCCACCGAUAACCCGCCCCUGUACCUCGCUUGGACCGCCGACCCUAAACUUGGGAAGACAUUGGUGAUUUUGACAAAAGUAAAUUAUUUGACCUACACAUUCUAUUGGACCAUCAAUCACAGCAGUGGCAGAACAGAAGACGAUAAAGCCCUUGUCGGAGUGAUCGACGGAGAUCGAGCACUUUUGACCGGCUUCAGGGUCGGCGUUGUCCCUCCACCAAUGGCUCACCAAGCCCUUCAAAUUGACCAGCCGAUAAAUGAGGUGGUUUUUGGACCAGAAACCAAAGAUAAAGAUAGCUGGAUAAAUACCAACGUCCUAUUCGCCGUUCUCCACAAUAAUCAAUUAGCGUUUUACAAACAGGUACCAAACUUUGUCGAAUACGGGCACAUAAAAUCAUAUGAGAUCGAGUGGGAAGUCUCGAACCCGAUAUCGUCGUCGGCCCCAAAUUUUAUGCAUCACUUUUUGUGGUAUAAAGAGGACUCGAUACUGUGCGCCGCAACUUUGGGGACGAAUUCUCUAUUGUGCGUUAUUCAAAUGGACGGUAUUAGCCCGGCGAAAAACGGCCGACUUAUCGUGCGGGAUACCUAUCGAAUGAAUGGGACUAUUCAGCAUAUCGUCGGCAGUCCGAAUCCGGAUGUCGUUUACAUUAUGAUGGACAGGGUUGUUUACACGUACAGCAAAGAGAAAGGAGUGAAUCAGACGGAAAUAUCUGUCAACGCGACGUGCCAUCAGAUGAACGUGAUAGAAAUUGAAAAGAAGCAUGUAGUUUUGUGCCUGAGCGAUAGGUACUGUCUCUACGUCAAUGGCAAAGAAAUUGCCAACAACAUUACCAGCCUCUUUGUCCAUUCAGAAUUCUUAUUAUUAACCACGUUACAACAUACUUUGGUAAGCAUUACUUUGGAUGGCAGUGGAUUCGAAAAACUCCUGACACAGGAUUUGACUGUAAAACCAUGGGAGGGUGCGGAUAAUGAAAAAUUUAUAUCAGGCUUGAGCAUAAGGCGAUUAGAAAGAGGUUCGAAGCUCAUAACUGCGGUUUCUAAAGACACUAGAACUAUCUUACAAAUGCCCCGUGGAAAUUUGGAGUGUAUUCAACCGAGAGCAUUGUCGCUCUAUGUCAUUGGCAGAUACUUGAACGAAUUGAAUUACUACUCCGCUUUUGAUUUGAUGAGAAAACAGAGGAUCAAUUUGAACCUAUUGGUCGAUCAUGACCCAAAUUUGUUCAUCUCAAAUGCUGAUAAGUUUAUCGAUGAUAUCAAAAAUCCAAAUUGGUUGAGUCUGUUUCUAUCUGAUCUCCGAGAAGAGGAUGUUACUACUACGAUGUACUCCAGUUGCUAUCGCCAGAAAACACAAGACGGUAAGUCUUCGAAUCAGAUACCUGGCUCUGGCGAUAACUCUCAAAACUCAAGCAGCAAAUCUGUAUCGGUAAUACCAGAGAAAGGCAAAAUCGAAAAUAUUUGUGAACUCUUGAGGAAUCACAUGGAAGGAAGGCCCGAUACAGACAGAUUACUUUUGCCUAUCCUCACCAGUCUGGUGAAAAAACAAGAAAUCAAAGACCUGGAAGCAGCUUUGGUCAAAGUAAAAACGAUCAGAAAUCUGGAAAAUGAAAAUGAAAAUGAAAAACAGUUCCGUAGCUCGUCUGAAGAAGCUUUAAAAUAUCUUUUGUAUUUAGUCGAUGUUAAUACCUUGUUCGACAUCGCACUCGGAAUGUAUGAUUUCGAAUUGGUGAUGAUCGUCGCCGCAAAGUCGCAAAAGGAUCCUAAAGAAUACGUUCCAUUUUUGAAUAAUUUGAGGCAAAUGGACGAGAAUUACAUGCGCUAUUCCAUCGACGUGCACCUCAAACGCUUCGAGAAGGCCUUAAAUCACAUUUCAAAGUGUAACGAAAGAUUUAAUGAGUGUAUCACUUUCGUUAAAACACAAAAGCUAUUUUCACAAGCUCUAAAACUGUUCCCUAUAAACAGUAAGGAGUAUAAAGACAUUUCUGAGAUCUACGGCGAAUAUCUUAUCGAUGCCAGAAAGUUUCAAGAAGCAGCUAUUAUGUUUACCCGAAGCAACUGUCUCGCCAAAGCUCUCAACACCUUUACGCUAGCUGGAGAUUGGCGCGAAGCUAUCGUUGUUGCUAAACAAAUGAAAUCGAGUGUUGCAGAGUUACAUAAUUUGUGCGAGGUUCUUGUUGCAAAACUGAAAGAAGGCAGAAGAUACGCAGAAGCUGCAAUCAUAUUGACGCAGGAAUUGUGCAACUUUGAAGAUGGCAUAGCCACUCUCUGUGAAGGUAAAUUAUGGCAGGAUGCGCUGAGGGUUGCUUACCAGGUAGACCGUCUUGAUAUUAUCGAAACGCACAUAAAGCCCGGUGUUUCGGAACAUGCGGAUUACUUGAUUUCAAAAAUCAAUGAAAAUCGACAAGAUUUUACUAAGCAUAAACAACGACUGAAGAUCGUUAGAGAAGAAAAGUUACUUAGAGAAUCCCAAUCUCUGUACAAUACCGAAGGUGAUUACGAUCCCAGUGCUGCGAGAGGAGAGUCGGAUUUGUUCAGUGACACGACUAGUAUCGCCGGUUCAAUUACAAGUCGUGGAUCGCAAUCUUCCAGAACCUCGGGGCGGAGUUACCGAUCCAGUAAAAAUCGUAGGAAACAUGAAAGAAAACUCCACAGUUUGCGCGAAGGUAGUAUUUACGAAGACAUGGCUUUGAUAGCUGCAUUGCAUGGAAUCGUGACGAGUGCAUAUGCGUACAGAGCCGAGGUAAAUAUCCUGGCAAAAAUGUUGCUACGUUUCUACAACGACACUCGCGCAGAGAAGUUGCAAAAUUUGCUCGAUGAGUUUUUGAAUGAAAUUGAAAGAGGCAAAGCAGAUAUUUGGAUCGAUAACCCGAGCAACAAUACCUCCAAUUUAAUUUCUGGGAAAUAUAACGAAGUUUCUCAAUCCGUUCAAGAAGGUUCUACGCCGGAAGUGUCACUUGCACCCCAUCUUAGGUAUCCUCCCACAGCGAAUCCAAUCAUUUGGAAACUGGAGAUGUUAUCUCUGCAGACCUGAUUAAAAAAGUUGACGAAGGAUAUCGGGAGUCAGACCGUUAUUUCAGAAGCAAAUGAGCACAUUAACGUAAGAAUUCUGAAGUCACCAAAUUUUGUUUUCAACAUAACCUUCUUUGGAUUUCAACUACGCGGAGCAGGCCAGAUUAUUCGAAAUGUGAAGAGUGAAAAUUGCGACGAUAAUUAUAACCAGACUUUCAAUUUAAUGAGAUAACAGUGACAAUAUUAAUUGACAAGUAUACAGGAUUCCUCUUUUACACCUAAAUAAUACACAUCAUAGUUACGCGUUACAUUCGUUUUAUGUAUAUCAAAGUUAUAACGGAAUGGCAUUGUCGGCAUUGAGUUUCACGAAACUUGAAAGUGAUCAAUGAAACUCACCAUCAAAUAUAUAUAUAUAUAAUAUCACUGUAACAAAGUCUUUUGUAACUAUGUCAACUUUGAUCACUGCGUGUGACCUUUUCUUUUCUCCAGUUAAAAAUUACUUGCCAUUCGUAUCAAAUUAUAUGUAUAUGCGGUGUUAGCGCUUCAAAUGUGCUUUGGCGUGUGCGCUUGAUAUGAAAUCUAAAGUUUACCCAAUGUAAUUAUUCUCUAAUACUAUACAACGUGAGAAUCAGUCA